CUUACGAUUGUCCAUCUCUUUCACAAAGGGAUUUCUCUAUUCUCUUGACAUCAGCUGUUGCGAUUGCAGUGGUGACUUUGUUUGUAAAUAAAAUGAACUACAACGCCAAGCGAGUAAUGCGCCAGAACUCGGUUUGUGUGGGGUCCAACGACAUGGCAGCGUCGCCGAUAAUGAUUGGACCUGCGCCGCCCUCGGCGCCCAGUACGCCGCAACUGCAGACCACCGAGGACAUCAAGCCACUGCAUGUGCAGCAGCGCCAGGUGAUUCUGCUGCAGAGCGGAGGCAUACCGACGAAUUCCUCGCCGCAGCAGGUCAACCUAGCUGGACAGAAUGUGGCCGGUGGCGCCAGCGGCAGCAACGUCGCCAACGUCCUGAUUCCGGAUGAUGCACCUGUCUCACUGCUCACAGAGAUUGCGGAUAUCAUGCGUAGCUUUGGCGACAGCGAUCAGCCCAGGACGGCAAGUAUUAAGCUGGUUGAGCAGAUCCUGCAGCAGCAGCUGCGCGGCAUCUUCAAUGAGGCUUCGCUGGUGGCCAUGCGGCGGAAGCAGAACCCAUGUCCAUCACAGGCCGACUUUGAGUUCCUGAUGCGCAACCAUCCGGUGAAGAUAGCGCGGAUGCGAAAGCACCUCAAGGAUAUGCGCAUACUUAAAAGGUUUCUUAGUAUCCGCACGGGAAGGCCGCAGGACUUCAUGGACGACUUGGAGCAGCAGGAGGAGGACGAGGAGCUGGCCAUCGAUGUGUACGAGCUACACGACGAGGACCGCAUGCGAAGAUUAUUUCGUGCAGAUCGUAUCUCGCAGAUACUUACGGGUCAGCAGUACCUGGAGUUCAAUGAGGCGCGCAAGACUUCCUUCUACUGUCGUCAUGGGGAGAAGAUCAAGAACAAGUUCCGUCGCUUUCUGGACCUGCCAGCGGACCUACGCAUCCCCACGCCCACCAUGAACAUUUUGGCCUAUUUGGCGCAUGAGACCAUUGCCGCCAUUGUCGACUAUUCGAUCCUGACGCGCCUGAACUCGGACAACCGAGCGACCGAGCCCUACAGCCGUGUGACCUCCGCCGGCGGCAGUCCGGCUAUGAUGCACGUCUGUCCGGAGGUCACACAGGGUCGCGGCAUGGAGGUGGUCAAGCCAAUCAGUGUACCGGAGAUCCAUGAGGCCAUGCGUCGUUUCCGGCAAAUGAGCAGUCGGAAGAUUGGGCGGUAUCGCAACUCUUGUGACAUCGAUUUCCGGCGCAGUUUUCUAGCUAUUUAAGUUCCUGGCAAUCUUUUAAUAUAUUAUUGAUUUUAUUCACACAUUAGUUGAUUGUACUAUUCAUUUAAAUUAAUUCAAUUCUUUCUUAUUAAUCUGCUCCACAUUUAAAUUAUACAAAAUAUAAAAUAAAGCCGUUUGG